AUGUACGAUCCCUACUUCCCAUGUCAAAAACCUCAAGACAAAGAUUGGGGUGCUUGCUCUUUCUCAGCCCAAAGGCCCCCAACCAAUGAAGAAUUUGGCAAGAGGCUGCAUUGCCUGCUUUCUCAUAAUGUAAGUAAAGUCAAAGGGAUCCCGUUCAAAUCUUCAGAAAAUCCAGAUAUCCCUGAUCACAUGGACUGGAGAAUCAAAGGUGGUGUCACCAAAGUCAAGGAUCAGGGUGGAUGUGGCGCUUGCUGGUCCUUCAGUGCCACUGGUGCUCUGGAAGGCAUGCAUUUCAAGAAGACGGGGAAGCUGGUCUCACUGAGCGAACAAAAUCUUAUUGACUGUUCCGGUGAUCCAGAGUUUGAAGGGUGCCAGGGUAGUCUUAUGGAGAAUGCUUUUGAAACUGUGCGGAAGCGAGGCGGGAUCAAUUCAGAGAAAAGCUAUCCUUAUGACAGACAGGAUGGUAUGCCUUGUCGCUAUAACUCUGAGCAAUCUAUUACCAGAUGUAGCUCAUACGGACAGAUCAUGGCGGUGGAUGAAAAAGGUCUUCAGGAGGCUGUGGCCAAGAUUGGUCCAGUUUCUGUUGGAAUAGAUGCUGGGAGUAGCAAGUUCAAGUUCUAUAAGUCAGGUAUAUAUGAGGAACAACAUGGUGGAGAAAGACAGAUAAAUCAUGCUAUGCUGAUUGUGGGUUAUAACAACUCCAGUGAGGGCAAAGGAUAUUGGAUCCUAAAGAACAGUUGGUCCACUCUUUGGGGAGAGAAAGGUUACAUGCGCCUCGUCAAAGGAUCAAAUGAAUGCAAUGUCGCCGAUUACGCCGUCUUUCCUAUCCCAGAUCCAGAGAAGGGAAUGUAAUAUCUUCUUUCAGCAUAAGGAUCGUUUGAAAUGCGGAGCUAAAAGUCACCAAUGAAUAACCUGCUGCUUCUGAAGCUUCUGGGAGAAAAAAAGUUAAUAAAUACUUUUGGGCAAUGCUA